GUCUGGCCGGUAGUAUCGACUUCCUCGGAGCAUCAUCCUGAACGAAACAUCCUUAUACCGAACCUAACGUCGUCAUGGCCAAGCGCAAGAGAGAGGAAACCGCCAAGGAGCCUCGGGCUUCGGCUCAACCCUCCAAGGUGGUCAAGUCCACCACUGCCAACCCUAAAGCUUCGGCAUCCUCGACGACCGAGAAAUCAGCGCUCACGCUGCAAAUCAUUACGGGGUCAUACGACCGAAUCUUGCAUGGCUUCACGGCUGCCGUCUCUUCCGAUUGCUUUUCAUCCACGGAAUCCAAAGAAUCUGCCGCCAGCUCGGUACAAUUCACGGAUACAUUCCUUUUCGAAGGCCAUUCCUCCGCCAUCCGAUGCCUGGCCUUGUCUCCUCUUGCGAAGACCGAAUCCACCGACGAGGCGCAGAGGAUCAUUUUGGCGACUGGCGGAACCGAUGAACGCAUUAACCUUUACUCUUUGUCCAUGGCCCCUCCCGCGGUGAACGACCAGUUUCCCUCGAUCCCAACUCUCGGCGGUAACAAGAUCCUGGAGAACCCGAAGAACCGGGAACUGGGAGCGCUGGUCCAUCACUCGGCCAGCGUAUCGGCCUUGUAUUUCCCUUCUCGCUCAAAGCUUCUGACCGCUUCGGAAGACAACACCAUUUCCAUCGCCAAGACUCGCGACUUUACUGUGGUUUCUACUAUCAAGGCCCCCCAUCCCAAGGUGCAAGGAAGACCCAGCGGGGACACAGCCCCGCCCGGGGGCUCGCCUUCGGGUGUCAAUGACUUUGCAGUGCACCCGAGUAUGAAGCUUAUGCUGAGCGUUGGAAAGGGAGAAAAGUGUAUGAGACUUUGGAACCUUGUGACAGGGAAGAAGGCGGGCGUGUUGAACUUCAACCGGGAGAUGCUGCAGGGUGUCAAGGAAGGCAAAUGGAGUACCGGCGAGGGAAGAAAGAUUGUUUGGAACACCAAGGGCGAUGAGUUUGUCGUCGUGUUUGAGUGGGGUGCCAUCGUCUUCGGAAUCGAUUCGACCCCAGUCUGCAGGGUUGUGCCUACCCCCCGGAGUAAACUCCAUCAGAUUACCUAUCUUCCUCUGGACCCGUCAGCCGAGGAUAGUGAGGAGCUGCUCGCGGUCUCGACCGAAGAUGGCAGGGUAAUGUUCUACUCCACCAAGAAGACACAGCCCGCUGAGAACGACCCUGAUUGUUCCAUUCCACUUGCCGAGUCUGUCGCUCAACUCGGUGGACGGGCUCAUGGCUUCUCUGGACGAGUCAAGGACUUUGAGAUCCUCAGCCUCAGGGACCAACCGUCGGUGCCCAAGGAUGAUUUCCUCGUGGUGACCGGGAACAGCGAGGGCAUUGUGCGCGUAUGGCUGCUACGCGGGGAAGAGCUCGUUGGAAAGAAGAAGAGCAAGAAGGGCUCGAAAAAGUCUAAGACCGAGGACGAAAAGAGCUCCACAACCGCACAGGUUGGAAAGUUCCUGAGCGAGGUGAAGACGGAUAAUCGGAUUACCUGCUUGAAGGCGUUUGUCAUGUUGCCUCCCGAGGAUCCGUCGACGCUUCAAGUCUCUGAGGAGGAGUCCGAGGAAGAAGAGGAAAGCGACGAUGACAGCGAGGAGAGUGAAGAAAGUGACGAGGAAUAGUUGGACGAUUGCUUAGAUAUAUGUAUACCCUAGGUUCCACAUGAUGGUAGAUAUGUGUACGAUGCCGGAGCAUGCUCUUCAAAACCGAUUCGCGAGUGCUAUUUUCUUUAUCAGGAGUCUUUUUUCUUAGGUACAAUUGAUCAACACAUAUUGAGGCCU